UCUAAAUUGCGAGAGCAGUGAAUCGCUCUUGGAUAUUGCUAGCAGAGAGCGACUCUUCAACGAUCAUUUCUUCUGGUUAAUCUAUGAUAACAUGGCCAAUGUAACAUACUUUCGGGCCCUCUUUACGCACAUAAAUCUCGCUGUUGAUGCCGAAUUAACCUAUGCCAACUUGAAUAGCAUAGAAAGUGCCUCGAAUAGCUCCAGUUUUAGCGCCUUUACACUGUACGAUGUCUACAAUAAUGGCUACUAUUAUGGCGGUAAAUUGAAUAUGACAUUGGAUCGUGAACUUUAUUGCACUGAGAAGAGCUGUGAAGUAAAUAGAUAUCUUUCAAAGCUACAUUUACGCAGCAAAUAUGGUAAUAGGAAUCAGCUGCAUGACAUCACUUUGCGUUUGACUGUUGUGGUCACCAAAGUGCCUUUAACCGCUACACCCGAGGAAAUAUUCACUUUUCUACGUUCCGUCAAUGACACCAGUAAAGAUGCUAUACCACGCUUUGGUUACCAGGUGUUAUCCAUUUUAGUUGACUUCUUGGGUUGCAAGUCGAAUCACACUUUCACCAAUCGCUGGACAAUCAAUGAAACACAUGGCGGUCUAAUCGGCGCUUUGGCUGUACAGAGCGCCGAUCUUAUUUCCACACCAUUCAUUCCCACACCACCUCGCAUGGAGUUCUUUACCAUUAUCGCGGAGACUUCAUCAUUUCGUUCGAUCUGCCUCUUUCGUACGCCCCGCAACUCCGGUAUACAAGGCGAUGUGUUCUUGAAACCCUUCAACACCACCGUCUGGCUACUCUUCGGGUUGUUGCUGCUUUUGACAGCUGUUGUACUUUGGAGCAUUUUCCGACUGGAACGGAAGCGCAUGCACCAGCGUUAUGUCGACUAUAUGCCCUCGAUUUUGGCUACAUUCCUCAUUUCCUUUGGUUCGGCCUGCGCUCAGGGGAGCGAGAUGGUGCCCGGUUCCAUUGGUGGACGCAUAGUUUUCUUAACAUUGUAUCUACUAACUUUUCUAAUGUACAACUAUUAUACGUCCAUUGUUGUUUCGUCGUUGCUUGGCUCGCCGGUGAAGUCUGAUAUCAAAACAAUGGGCCAGCUGGCAGAUAGUCCACUAGAAGUGGGACUCGACCCUUUGCCAUUCACGCUAACCUAUUUGAAUAAUUCUCCGCUACCAGAAGUACGGCGCUUCAAACGCAAAAUCGACUCCGCACCCAAUCCGCAGGCCAUUUGGAUGCCCUUGAAGGACGGAAUACUGCGCGUACGCGAUCAACCUGGCUUUGUUUUCGGAUUUGAGGCCUCAACCGGCUAUUUGCUGGUCAAACGCUACUACAAGCCAUAUGAAAUCUGCGAUUUGAAUGAGAUACUAUUUCGUCCGGAGAAAAGUUUGUUUAGUGCGGUACAUAAGAACUCAAGCUUCAAGGAGUUGACCAAACAAAGAAUUUUUCGCAUCUUGGAGACUGGCGUUUCCCUAAAGUUGCAUCGCUAUUGGGUUCAAUCGUCACUGGAGUGUUUCGAUAGCAAUUUCAUAGUUGAAGUUGGCAUGGAAUAUAUGGCACCACUCUUUAUGCUGUUGUUGUGUACUUACUUUUUGGUACUCUUCAUAUUGUUGUUGGAAAUUCUGCAUAAGAAAUAUUGGGUAGAUCGCAAAAUGAGAUUGGAGAAUAUUAUCUUUGGUGAUAAUUGGCAUAAUGAAAUUUUCCCAAAUUAUGAAUGGAUUUUUAUUACAAUAAUGAAUCAAUUGUUAUUCAAUUUUAUUUUACAUCAUUUCUGGAAUGCAAAUAUUAAUGCAAUUGUAUUUUUCAAUUGUUGGAGUUUGCAAACCCAGCAACAUUUUAUUCAUAUGACUAACGAGAGAAUGUGGUAUACGCGCUUUGUAAAUAUCGAAUCAAUGGAUUUAUUUGGUGAUUUUGAACAUCGCUAUUUGCUGCAUAGCCGAUCCAUUUUGGGAGCCUACUUAGAUAUGAACUGUAAUAAAUCGGACGCCGUAAUGAACACACUUAGCCGCUGGAGUCUCUAUAAUCAGCACUAUAACUGGUUGCUCUACGAUCGUACAGCUGAUAUGCACAACUUCAAACGCCUCUUUGUGAAUGCCAGCCUCUCUGUAGAUGCAGAGCUCACUUAUGUCAGACUGAAGCCAGCUCUUAUGGACGCCAAUACUGUUACGAAUACAACCUGCUAUAUAACUUAUGAUGUCUAUAACAAUGGCUACGCCUUAGGUGGUAAACUGAAUGUAACUGUUGAUCGCGAGAUUCAAUGCAAUUUGCAGGAUUGCCAUGUGCGGCGUUAUCUUUCAGAUUUGCAUUUGCGAUCGAAAUAUAGCAAUCGACUUCGGUUGCACGAUAUAACAAUGCGGGUGUCGACUGUGGUCACUAAAAGGCCACUCAGUUUACCACCGCCUCUACUCUUGGAGUUUCUAAACUCAGAAAACAAUACGGAAAUCGAUGCAAUCUCGCGUUUUGGCUUCAGAGUGUUGUUGAUCUUCAAGGAUCUCUUCGGUUGCAACAUGGAGCACACCUUUCGCGACCGCUGGAGCAUGAAUGAAACGCAUGGUGGCAUAAUAGGUGACAUGAUCACCAAGGACGCCGACUUUGUAUCCUCACCUUUCCUCAGCACUAAGCCGCGUCAGAAGUAUCUCUCGCUUAUGGCCGUAACAGGUGCUUAUCGACAACUUUGUCUCUUUCGCACACCACGCAGUACCAGCAUUAGAGGUGAAGCCUUUCUACAACCUUUCGACACCUCGGUAUGGGUUGUUUUCAGCAUCAUACUGGGUUUACUGGCGAUUUUUCUUUGGCGUACCUUUGCUUUGGAGUCACGCAAUUUCCGUCAACGUAUGCCUUAUGAACCUUCACUAUUGGCGACCACCCUACUGGCUUUCGGUUCGGCCUGUUAUCAGGGUAGCAAUAUUGUGCCCUUUUCGUUGGGUGGGCGAUUGGCCUAUUUUUCACUCUAUUUUGCAACGUUUAUUAUGUAUAAUUAUUAUACAUCAACUUUGCUUUCAACGCUGCUCGGUACGCCGGUAAAGUCUGAUAUCAAGACGCUCGGUCAGUUAGCUGAUAGUUCCUUGGAGGUUGGACUGGAUCCAUUGCCCUUUACUUUUGUGUACUUGAAUGCCUCUCAAUUGCCCGAAGUACGUCGUUUUGUCUAUCGUAAAAUCGCGUCCAAGCCGCAUCCCGAAAAGGUUUGGAUUCCUGUGGAAGAAGGUAUUUUACGCGUGCGCGACGAUCCCGGCUUUGUUUACGUACUCGAAACUUCGACAAGUUACCCGUUUUUGGAACGGAGUUUCUUACCCCAUGAGAUUUGUGAUUUGAACGAGGUUUUGCUACGUCCAGAUCGCGGUUUGUUUACUCAGCUGCACAAAAAUUCAACCUAUAAGGAAUUGACACGCUUGAGGGUAUCUCGCAUGAUGGAGACAGGCGUUUGGCGCAAACAUCGUCGCUAUUGGGUUAAGGAAAAGCUAAAUUGCGUGCCAGGCAAUUAUCUCUUCGCUGUUGGCAUGCAGUACACGGCUCCACUAUUUCUAAUGCUACUUUUCUCAUUUGCACUAUGUUUAGUGCUAUUAGUAUUGGAGUUAGGUAUUAAAUAUUUGUUGGAUCAUCAGCGUCAUAAUACGAUUGGUUUUUGGAGGAGUACUUUGGCAGAAGGAUUUAUAGAGUGA